UCACGAUCCAACUUCAAAGCCGUCACUUUCCCGGGAAAAGCACUGUAUCACAGUGCUAUCACACGAAUGGAAUUCCCGGCAAUGUCAACGUCCAAACGCCUCCAUUUUCCGGCAAAUAUCAUCGGAAAACCGAAGAUCGACUUCCAGAUAUUUGUGAGUGAGAGCUCGGCCCAGUGCAAACGCAAUCGCAUUGCGAAAUCCGUGCAAGCAUCGAGUAAAAACAACAGCGGCAGCAUCUCAAUCUCGCCGGCGUUCACGGACGAGAGCGAUCGAGAAUCCGAUGGUUUGAGAAACGAAAAGGGUUGGAUUCACUUUGUGGGGAUUGGAGGUUGCGGGUUGUCUGCGCUGGCCAUGCUUGCACUCAAACAGGGUUAUGAGGUUAGUGGCUCGGAUAUUGUGUGGAGUAGCUUCAUGGAUGGGCUGCAGGAAGCAGGGGCAUUUUUAUAUAUAGGCCAUUCGGUGACCAAUUUGCAAAGGAACGGGGCCUCGAGAUUACCUGAUGCCAUUGUUGUUUCAAGUGCUAUUCCCCAAAACAAUGCUGAGAUUUUGUAUGCAAAGUCCGUCGGAGUACCCGUGUACAGGCGAGACCAGUGGUUAGGAAAGCUGACAGAGGGCUAUAAUCUCAUUGCUGUAAGCGGUAGCCAUGGAAAGAGUACAACUGCAAGUAUGCUUGCUUAUGUUCUAGACGCCAUGGGUGAUAGUCUUACCGCAGUAGUUGGAGCACAUGUGCCGCAGUUCUCAGGAGGAAACAUUAUCUUCGGUGAUGGUCGUAAUUUUGUCCUGGAGGCUGAUGAAUACGAUCACUGUUUCCUGGGAUUAUCACCUUCUAUAGCCGUUGUAACAAAUUUGGAUUGGGAGCAUGUUGAUAUAUUUCCAAACAAGGAGGCGGUUAAAUCUACUUUCAGGAAAUUCCUGAACCGUAUCAGGGUGGGCGGACAUCUCAUUUUAUGUGGGGAUAGUCAAGGUGCAUGUUCAUUGCUGACUGAUGGAAAGCGAGCAAUUGGAUCCGAUAGCUGGAAAUGUUCUGAUAGCUACAACAUAACAACUUAUGGAACCGCAAGUUCUAAUGAAUGGCAUGCAUCAUCAAUCGGGCCAAAUUUAAGGGGUGGUAGUGAUUAUACACUGUGUCAUUGCGGGCACCCUGUGGCAGACAUCAGUCUACAGAUUCCAGGAGUUCAUAACGUCCUUAAUUCGUUGGCAGUUGUUGCCAGUGUGAUAGCAUUAUUCAGUGACCAAUGUCAAAUCAACAAUACAAUCAAUCUUGUGAGGUUGCACUUAAACAAUUUCAUAGGCAUUUCAAGACGUUUUGAGAUGAUUGGCACUGUGUGCGGAUGCCACAUAUAUGACGAUUAUGCUCAUCAUCCAACAGAAGUUAGUGCAGUUAUUCAAGCUGCACGCCAGAGGUUCCCUGUCAAGUCUCUUUUGGUCGUGUUCCAGCCUCAUACUUACAGCCGUUUAACAGCACUGAAGGAUGACUUCACCAAUGCUCUCCGCGAUGCAGAUCAAGUCGUAGUCACAGAGGUGUAUGCCGCUAGAGAGAAAGAUGUCGAGAAUGUUGGCGGAAGGGAGUUAGCUGCUACGAUAAUUGGCCCGCCAUCUGAAUACAUCCCUUCUCUGGACGAUGUUGUAGAGAAGUUAGCAUCUCAAAUAUGCAAGAACCCUCAUGGGGAAAUCGUAGUUUUUACACUUGGAGCAGGUAAUAUAACUACCGUCGGCCCAAAGCUGCUCUAUGAAUUGAGAAGGAGAUUACAAGUGAAUUCGUCGCUUCAUCAUCAAGUAGUUUCAAGUGUUUGAUGCUUCAGUGACAGUCGCUGAGCCGAACUUCCCCAAACCGG